GUUUCAACGCUGGCAUCCACGAGAUCGCAAAAAGUUGGGGUGACUACAGUUCUUUCGCUCCCUCCAGCUCUCACGCUCCACGAGGCUCUUCGGAUCCAUUUGACAAAGCUUGAACAGUAUUUCUAGUCAUUUCAUUCACCAUUUGGCGAUGUCGUUAUUGUUUGCAAUUACGCUGAGUUGCGCGUUUGUCGCUAGCGAAAUCGCUGCAGAAGGACACGAGAUGGUUUCAUAUGCGGGAUUCCAGGUGUGGAAAAUCAAACUUAAUUCACAAGAAGAUAGACAAUUUAUUUUGGAUAUUAAAGAUUCAUAUGCGCUUGAGCUGUGGAACGAAAGAAAAAUGCACAAGGAUCUCCUGGAUGUUCUAGUAUCACCACCGAGUCAAACAAAACUAAAGCUCAAACUGGCUGAACGCAAAAUAACCUUCAUCGUUGUGAUCAACGAUUUGCAGGCGGCCAUCGACAAGCAAAAGACCAACAUCAACAGCAACACUUCGAAUUCGAAAGCCGUUUACAAUAUGAACUGGAUUAGCUAUCACAGGCUGAGCGACAUUUAUGCCUUCUUGACUUACCUGAACACUACGUACCCGAAGCUUGUCCAGUUAACAAAAAUCGGUACCUCAUACGAAAAACGUCCACUCUACGUCCUACGAAUCUCCAGCUCUUCUGCACCCGGCACGAGACCUGCCAUCUGGAUUGAUGGAGGAUUUCACGCUAGAGAAUGGAUUUCUCCAGCUGUCGCCACGUACAUCAUUCAACAGUUGGUUGAAGGGCCUGCAAACGCGAAGCUCUUAUCCAACGUCGACUGGUACAUCAUGCCCGUUGUUAACCCCGACGGUUACGAGUAUACACACACGACUGAUCGCAUGUGGCGUAAAACUCGUUCUGUCUCCAGCACGUCAUCCUGUCGCGGUGUUGAUCCCAACCGCAAUUUUGACUUUCAGUGGGGCGGUAUGAGCACGAGCUCCGAUCCGUGUUCCGACAUAUACAAGGGCAUUAAAGCAUUUUCUGAGUCAGAGACUCUUGCAAUGUCAAAUUUUGUUAUAGGAAAAUCGAAUCAAAUCAAACUGUACCUGACUUUUCAUAGCUUCGGGCAGACUAUACUGGUUCCUUAUGGAUACGAUGUCGUUUACCCACCUGAUUAUAACGAUCUGUUGGCAUUAGCUAACAAUGCCGCUUCCAAAUUCGUGAAGUAUCAAUACGACGUGGGAAAUUCAGCUGAGAUGCUUUACCCAGUUGCAGGUAGUUCCGAUGACUGGGCUAAAUCGAUUGGCAUCAAAUACAGCUAUACCAUAGAAUUGCCAGACACAGGCAUAGACGGCUUCACAUUGCCAGCAUCAGAAAUUUUACCCGUGUGCCAAGACCUAUUCCCAGCAUUGGAUGUUUUUGCCACCAAAGUAGCCACUUGCUGCAGCGCUGUAAACUCGACCACCACGGCCAAACCUGUGGUCACUAGCACCGCACGUCCAACUACGACAACCAAACCUCAACCCACGACCGCCACUUCAAAACGUACUACGACAAAGUGUUCUUGUACCUGCGGAUAAACGAGGCCACUUUAAAUGGCGAGCCGCUGGUCCCGACAUUUUCACACCAACUAUGUACACCCAUUCACGAAGUGAAACCUAAAAUUAAAGUCGGCCUAAUAAA